AUGAGUUCUUCCAUUGCAAAAGAUAUGAAAACCUGUUAUAUUAACGAGGCUCAUCAGAAUAAUGGGUUGUCAUCUAGCGAGGGCCACAUACAGCAAGACGAUGAUUUGCAACAAAAUGACACGGAAUCUGAGUCGAUAGCCCCUACUUGUCCUGAAAAAGUAAUUGCAGAAAAGCAAAAUACAGCAUCCCGAAGAUACUCAAUAAAGUCGGAAUUUGAAAACCAACAAAAGAAAAGUAACUAUGAAAGUCGCAAACAAUCUCUGAAUACAAAUGAAGAAGAAAUCGAAGAACCCACAAGAAAAAUGUCCACUGAUGAGGUAAAAUCGUUACAAUACACCGAAACCCAACCUUAUUUUGCAAAACUCUGUUUUAUUUGUUUCUCAUCUUCCCAUAUCCUUGUUCAAGCUAUUUGUUGCUCCCUUAACGGUACGCCGAAAAUCUCUUUCCGAGUAACUUGUUCAAUAUCUUCUCUUGUUUCGGUGAAGAGCAACGACCAUUCCAAAGCGUUAGUGCUGUAUCCUGAUUCUUCGCAAGCUGCCAAAGCCUUGGUGAUGAACGGAACUGUAUUCCGUGGACACACAAUUCAGGUUCGUUUUUCAACAACGACGUAUGUGGAUCCCGUAAAUGCGUACACCUGUCCCUCGAUUCGCGAUUUAACAGAGGACUAUUAUGGAAAGAUUGUCCAUCGAUUUAACUCCUCGGAGUAUGCCCAAAUUCCAUGGCAUAUGCCUUCGCGCAAACUUCACGUCGUUGGGUUCGAUAGUUCGAAGCCAAAUAUCCGUGAUAUUUUACUGCAGUUGUUUAGCAACUGCGGCACUGUUGAGAAAAUUAGUAUUUUAAAGAAUAUGGCCUGGAUCGAAAUGGAUUCAACAGAAUCUGCAACGAAUGCAGUCGCCGUGAUUCAUAAUUCGAGUCUGUUCGCUAUGCCUGGAAAGCUUCUACGUGUAUCUUAUGCAACCUAUGGGAAUAAAUGA